AUUAUUCGCAGCGAGGCCGGACGAUGCGAUGGCGGAGAUGGCCGAUCUCACCGGCUCCCUGUCCUUACUGCUGGUGAUUGUAGUUUUUAGCGAGUUGGCGAGGAGGACGGCUUUAUAUCUUUUCCCAAAUCGAAACUGGAUCAGCUAUGUGCUGGAGUUGAUUUCCACUUUCCAGCUGUGCGCCUGCACGCACGAGUUAAAGCUGCUCGCGGAGGUGCGCGGACUGGAGCCGCGGAUCGCGCUGACCCUCACGUACCUCAUCUCGGUGGUCCACGGGCUUUCGUUCCACGGCGCGAUCUGUAACCCGACCGGCGCUCUGGAGCAGUUCUGGCGCGGGGCUCUGACGCGAGGAUGCGCACUGACGCGGAUCUCAUGCCAGCUGAUCGCGGCAGUGGCGGCGCGGCGCGUCAUGUCUCACGCGUGGGCGCUGGCGCUCUCUGACCUGCACGCACAGCACUCAGUGGCGGGCUUUAAAUGCACGAAGAGCCCGGUUAACGCGCCUCUGCUGCAGGCCGCCGCGGUGGAGCUGAGCUGCGCGUUUGUGAUGCACACUGCGGCGUUUAACGUGGAGAAAGCGCAGGAGAAAUAUCGGGUUCCUGCGAUAGCUGCUGUCAUCACUACAUUAGUCUAUGCAGGUGGUCAUCUCACCGGCGCCGUGUUCAACCCAGCACUGGCGCUCUCAGUACAGUUCCCCUGUCCUGGACACAGUUUUGCGGAGUACAGUUUUGUGUACUGGAUUGGACCAAUACUGGGUAUGACAGGCUCUCUGCUGCUUUUUGACAAAGUGAUCCCUGCUAUUUCAGGAAAACGCACAAUUCCAAAGCACCUGAACUCUAACGGACUCAAGACGAAAAAGAUGAAGUGACAGAGAGACUGACUUCUCGUGCAUAAGUGCUUAUAUACUGUGAAUAUACAGCUCAUCGCCAAGUAAUAACCAGGGUUUCUGCAGGUUUUAAAAGGUCUUAAUUCACCCUUCUUAAGGCCUAAAAAGGUCUUAAAUCAGAGCAGAAAGUCUUAAAUUCAAACGUCAUGGUAUUAAAUGAUGCAUGCACUGUAAAAAAUGAACAUCUUCCUCAGUAUUUUGUCAGUAUGUCUAAUACA